UGUGUGUGUGUGUGUGUGUGUGUGUGUGUGUUGGGGGGGGUGCGGGGGGUGGAGUGCCGCCGCAGUCCGCCUUUUCGUUUCAUUUGAGUCGAGUCCGCCGUACCCCGCCAGUCCGUCCGCACUGACUGACGCGCAGCUGCCGCCGCCGCCGCCGCCGCCGCAGGAAGCACCGUCUCGCGAAGCAUGGCCAAGUCCAAGUCCCGCGCGGGCUGCUGCCUGUGCCUCGUGCUGCUCGUCGCCGCGGCCCUUGUCAUCCUGUGCCUCGCGCUCUUCUUUAAAAACAAAUGUGUGGAAGGACAAUUCAGAAACGCUGCGGUGGCCGCGGAUUCAGAGCGCUGUUCCCAGAUCGGCAGGGACAUCCUGGAGGAAGGAGGCUCGGUAGUGGAUGGCGCCAUCGCUGCUCUGCUCUGCACCUCCCUGAUGAACCCGCAAAGCAUGGGCUUGGGCGGGGGGGCCAUAUUCACCGUGCUGGACAGGAUGGGUAAUGUGACGAUCAUCACUUCCAGGGAAACGGUGCCAAAACAUUUCCAGAAAGACCUGCUGAAGAACUGCUCUCAAAGCAACUUCUUCUAUACAGACGCUGCAUGGAUUGGCGUCCCCGGGGAGAUCCGCGGAUACGAGCUGGCGCACCGCCUCUAUGGGAAGCUGCCAUGGGCAAAACUGUUUGAGGCCACCAUCAGGCUGGCACGAGACGGCUUCCCUGUGCCCCUCUACCUUGGAAACUUUCUCUCGCACCCGUUCUUAAAACGUAAAAUUGAGAAAUCAUCCCUCUGUGAUGUGUUCUGCAAUAAGAACAGAACGGUGCUCCAGGCUGGAGAGAUGCUGAGGCUGCCUGCGCUGGCGAACACCUUGAGCACCAUCGCAGAACAGGGUGCCGACGCUUUCUACACGGGUCAGAUCGCCAGUGAUUUAAUCCACGAUGUGACGGCCGCAGGUGGAACGUUAAGCCUGGAGGAUCUGCGAUCCUUUAAAGCAGAGGUGAUGAAUCCAUGGACACUUCCACUAGGAGAUCAUGUGUUGUACCUUCCGCCACCACCAGCAGGUGGCGCUAUACUGGGCUUCGUCCUCAAUGUCAUGAAAGGGUACAAGCUGAAUCCUUCCUCCGUCGAGGGAGCUCAGAAGACGCUGACCUACCACCGCUAUGUGGAAGUGUCCAAAUUUGCGAACGGGCAGAGGAAGAUGAUCUGUGACCCCAGUUUCAUCUCUGGAAAGAAUCCUAAUUGGUUGAUCAAAGAGGAGUUUGCAGAGCGUAUCAGGAAGAUGAUCAGCGACAGGGCAACCCACAGCCCUGAGUUCUACAAUGCCACUCCAUCCAUGGACCGCCUUGGCACCACCCACGUGUCGGUGGUGGCUGCCGAUGGCAGUGCUGUGUCAGUCACCAGCACCAUCAACCACAUCUUUGGGUCCAUGGUGUACUCUCACAAGACCGGAGUCAUCCUCAAUAAUGAGCUGGCAGAUUUUUGUGGGUACCAAAACCGCCUUUCUGCAGGGGAACAGCCUCCUUCCUCCAUGGCCCCAGCGAUAGUCUACUCAAAGUCCAAGAAGAAGACCCUCGCGAUUGGGGGAGCAGGGGGCACCAUGAUUACAGCGGCGAUGGCCCAGACCCUGAUGAACCACUUGUGGUUUGGGAAGAACCUGACCGAUGCCAUCGGUGCCCCUGUGAUCUUCGUGGAUGCCAACAACACUGUGAACCCUGAGAAACACUUCGACAAGACUGUGAUCGACGGGCUCACGCGUCUCGGACACACUGUGGGGCAGUGGCCUUUCUUCCUCAAUGUGGUCAAUGCCGCGGCCAAGGAAGGCACCUGCAUCAGCGCCGUGUCCGAUGCCAGGAAGUUGGGCAGAGCUGCGGGAUUCUGAGCCUCUUGUGGAAAACGUGGCCAGAGGCAUCGACGCCCUCGGUGACUGCAGGUCCACUGCUGUGGUUCAUUUAAAGAGAUUGCAGAAGACUCGACUGACCAAGGGGUCUCUGGAACGCAGAUUUGAGACCUGGGUCCAUGUGUGCUGCUUUGCCUUGUCCAAUCUGCCUUAAUGGAGCUGAGCCGGAGCCUGAAUACAUCACGUAAAAAAAUCCCUCAAUGUGAAAAGACUCCAAGCAAACAUUUCACGGAAUAUUUUCAGGAUCGCAUAGACAGGCGAGACUCCCGGUGAGAAUGAAACGAGAUCCUGGCGUGCAACGACUUUACUUGUAAAGCAGAACAAAAACCAAAACGAUAAUUUGAAUGAUUAUCCGUGUUCUGUUGAAGUAAUGACUCUUAAUACUGAAAUUGGAAAUUUUUGCUUUUUGAAAGCAGUCUUUGGCAAGAAAAGCAAGAAAAGGACUUGCCGUUUGGCAACACCCCUCACCUCCUUAAAGGUGGCUGUUUGAAGAUUUUUCAAAUUGACAAAGCAGUUUAUAAUUUGUCUCUAAAGUCAUAUUGUAGCGUACUGUGUUACAUUAAUGUCAGGACUCGUCUCUUUGCGUGUCGUCUGUGCACUGCUAUUGGUUUUGUUCUCUGUUGUCCACAUUUUAAUGUGUAUGUUUGUGUUUUGGAAGCUUUAUAGGAAUUAUUAAGGCAACCAAAGCCCAUCCUGACCAUCCUACAUCUGUUUUCUCUGUGAACUGUUUAAGCAAUGUAAACCUGUUUAUACUGAGCCCAUAUUUUCCUUCUGCGCUCAUAUCCUGGUGAAGAUGUUCAUUUUACAGAAAUCAAAAAUAAAUUCAUAACUUUUUCUUAAUUUACUGGAGAACUCUUCACCACAGUAGAUGGCAGUUUCUUCUUACCGCAGAGCGCAUCCCUUCCACAGUGUAUACUU